GUUCAUCAGAUUGUUGAAAUAGAGUGAAUGCGAGUGAAAAAAUUUCUUUUGAUUCAUCAAAGCAUGAUGACAGGAACAUUUGAUACGAAAAUCAAGAGAUAAUUGUUUGUAUAAAAGGAAAACGGAAUUUUUGCUUCGUUUAUAUGUUGUCAUCAUCAGGUGGUCAAAAUCGUCAAGAAAGAAAUAAUAAUAAACAAUCGCAAAACAACGAAGUACGGCGGUGUCAUCACCGAUCGAUUUAUUCGUCAAAGUACGUUGAAGGAGAUCGAAGAGCUUAAAUUGUCAGUCGCCAAAUUGAAAUUGCCCAUCGAACAUACACCCAGAAUAUAAACACACAAUGUCGGCGAUAAAAAAGUUUUUCCAAAAAAAGAAAUCCGAAGCCAAAUUUAAAUUGGCAGGACCGGGACGACGUCUCGAUAGCAAUGAAGCACCCACCACAUCAAAAUCAACCAAAGCACAGAGUGAUGUCUAUGUUCCGCCACAACGCCAAGAGCUCACGUCCGAGGCUAGAACGGCUGCCGAUGCAGCAUUAGCUCGUGUUCAAUCGCAAAAGAAAGACACAACACAUUUUAAUACAUCGUUGGCUGCAAUUCGGGCACAAGUUCAACGUGAAUUGGAGGCUGAACGGAAAAUAAAAACUGAUGUAGAAAUUAGUCAAGAACACACACAACCAAAAAUUUUAGAAGAUGGACACAAUCGAAAUUUGGCGGCGCAAGGUGUUUAUUUCAGAUGUCCAAUGAUUGGCGAAGAUGUAUUGCCGCGCAACGAAUGGAAAGUAAAAAUUAAGGAAUUUUUGUACGAACAAUUGGCGAAUGAACGUGGUCUAACAUCAUGCUUAAUCAUACUCAAUUGUAAUACAAAAGAAAAAUCAACGGCAUGCAUUGAAACGCUUUCAAAAUAUCUACAAAAUAUCAUACAACAUCCGGACGAUGAGAAAUAUCGAAAGAUACGUCAAUCAAAUCGAAUCUUUUGCGAAAAAGUACAGCCAUGCGAAGGUGCUUUGGACUUUUUAUUGGCCGCCGGUUUUAUCGAACAAACCAUUGACGAUGAACAAUUUUUCAUCUAUACCGGUACCACCGAUGAUGUUGCAAGUGAUGAUGCAACCAAUAACGGCAUUGAAACGCUCAAUGAACUGCUUGAUGCACUUCAACAUUCAGAAAUUAUACCAUUAGAAUUGGAUCGAAAUAUACAAGUACUUUCACCAGCUCAAACGAAAAAAUGUGAACUACCACCCGAUUUUUAUCGCAUCAGUGUCGAGGAAAUAAAACGAGAACAACAGUUACGAACGGAAGCCAUGGAAAAUUCGUCAAUUUUGAAAACAAAAGCGAUGCGAGAACGUGAAGAAUUGCGAUAUAUUCAACGGUAUAAAUUUGCAUUAAUUCGCAUUCGUUUCCCAGACGGUUUCUACUUGCAAGGAACAUUUUCCGUCUAUGAAAAACUUGAACAGGUUUAUGCAUUUGUUCAAUCGUGUUUAAAAAAUGAAAACAUUGAUUUUAAAUUGAUGUCACCAAUUGGCACGAAAUGGUGUGACGAUGACAUGAAUAAAACACUCUUUGAUCUGCGACUUAUUCCAAAUACUAUUCUCACGUUUGAAGUCAAUGAAAAUGCUGACAAUUGCGUUGGAAAUUAUUUAAAAGAAGAUCUUCUAAUGCUCACUCAGCAAGUUUAAAUGAUACGAGAAGGCGGGAAAUAAAAACCAAAAGCCAAUUUGAAUAUUGUUAUGCACCGUUUAAAAAAAAAAUAACUUAUUUAUAAAAAAAUGACACCACAAGUUUAUUGUAUUUAAUAAUCGCCUUUAUAAAUUUUCCGUUUAUUUUCAAAUCAAUUCCAAUUCCCUUACUGUUUCAAAAUGAAAAAAUAAAAUUUAAAAAAUAAUAAAUUUUUUAAAGAAUUA